UAACUUGUUAGAGAAGAGGGGAAGCUCUUUGUUUGGACCAGUCCUACUGCUUCUGCUUCACCUCCCAUUGUGUGUGUUUCUUUCUCUCUCUAAAAACUUUCUCUUUCUAACUCUGAAAUAGAGGAAGUAGCAGUGUUUAAUCAGAAACAAGUUUUAAUGUCCACCCACCUUCUUCAGAACUAACCACCCUUUCCCUUUCUGUUUCUCUCUCUAUCACUUUCUCUCUCCAAAAACCAACAAAACCUCAUUUGUUUCCUCUCAUUUUAGUGUGAACAGUACAGCACAUUUUCCCAUUUCGUUUCUAUUUUACUUCUUAAAUUCUGUUAUUUGCAGCAGAUCUAUUUACCAAAUUUAAGAACAAGCAAAGAUGAGCAAAGAAGAGUUCUUGAAAAUUCAGACUUGUGUUCUUAAAGUGAAUAUACAUUGUGAUGGUUGUAAGCAAAAAGUUAAGAAAAUCUUGCAGAAAAUUGAAGGGGUAUAUAAGUUAAGCGUAGAUGCAGAGCAAGGGAAAGUGACGGUUUCUGGAAAUGUUGACCCAACCACUCUCAUCAAGAAGCUUAACAAGUCGGGUAAACAUGCAGAACUUUGGGGAGCUCCCAAACCAAACAAUAACAACCAGCAAAAUCCGUUGAAAAACGCUGAUAAUGGCGGCAAAGGCGGUAAUAAUCCCAAUCAAAACCAAAAUCAAAACAAGAAUCAGAACAUAAAGGGUGGCGGUGGUGGUGGUGGUGGGGCUCCUCAAAAUCAACCGAAAGGAGGAGGUGGUGGAGGCGGAGGAGGUGGGCCACCGCAACCAAGUCCACAACAGUUGCAGCAAAUGCAGCAGCAACAGUUGCAACAAUUGCAGCAACAAAUGAAAGGGCUUGGGAUGGGAGAUCUGAAAAUGGCGCCUCAAUUUCAGGGGAUGAAGAUGCCGCCGAUGAAAGAUAAUCACCAGCAACAGCCACAGCCUCCGCCUGGUGGCGGGAAGGCUGUGAAGUUUGUGCCGCCUCUUGAAGAUGACUUGGAUGAUGACGAGUUUGACGAUGAUGAUGAUUAUGAUGAUGAUGACUUUACAGAUGAUGAUGAGUUUGAUGAUGAAUUUGAGGAUGCGGGGAAGAUGAAGCCCAUGAGUUUGGGUGGUGGAGGUGGAGGCGGUGGCGGUGGACCACCGCCGAAUAUGAUGAUGAAUGGUCCCGGUGGUCCCGGUGGUGGGAUGAUGAAUCCUCAGUUGAUGAAUGCUAUUGCUCAGGCGAAGGCGGCAAAUGGCGGGGGUAAUGGUGGUGGGAUGAUGAAUCCUCAUCUCAUGAAUGCCAUUGCUCAGGCGAAGGCCGCUGCUGCUAGUAAUAAUGGUGGCGGGGGUGGCGGAGGAGGUGGUGGCGGAGGUGGAGGCGGCGGCGGUAAUAAUAACGGUAAAAAGGGUGGUGGAGGUGGAGGAGGAGGAGGUAAUGUUCCAGUUCAGGUGAAUGGGGGUAAAAAGGGGGGAGGUAAUGGAAACAAUGGAGGAAAUAAUAAUCAAAAUCAAGGAGGUGGUAAACAAGGGGGUGGUGGUGGUGGUGGUGGUAAACAAGGAGGUGGUCCCUUGCCUAGUGAUUCUAAAAAUGGUGGCAAAAAUGGUAAUAGUGGGCAGCAGCAAGGUGGGGGCGGUGGAGGAGGUGGUGGUGGAAAUAUGAUGAUGAUGAAUGGUGGGGCGAAGAAAGGUGGUGGUGGGAUGAAUGAUGGAGGUUUACCACCUAAUCAUCAUGGCAUGGGAGGAAACGGAAUGAAUAAUAAUCCAAAUGCAGGGUUCAAUCAUGGUAUGGGGGGCAUGCCUGCUCAUCAUGUGGGUGGUGCCCCCAACAUGGGCCAUAUGCCACCCUUAGCCCAAAUGGCUAACAUGCAAAUGGGCCCUAUGGGCUCAAUUCCGGCCGUCCAAGGACUACCAGCUGGCACCACGGCUAACGUCGGACCCACCUACUUCCAUGGGGGCCCACCGCCGGAAAUGAUGGGCCCCAACCCCGGUAACCCGUACCACCAGCAAAUGUUAGCCCAAAUGAUGAUGAACCAACAACGAGCCAAUGGGAACGAGCGGUUUCAGCCCAUGAUGUAUGCCCGACCACCACCGGCAAUGCAUUAUAUGCCCCCUUACCCACCACCAGCGGACCCAUACACUCACUACUUCAGUGAUGAGAACACCUCUUCAAGUUGCAAUGUAAUGUAAUGUGAUAAAGCUACUAUACUUCCUUGUUUGGUCAUGAAAUCUCGGUGCACAAGGGUAGUUCUGCUCAAAGGGGGUGCACAAUCUUGAUAACUUUGAUCCAAAACAAUUUCCCAUAUAUCAUGCAAGAAAAAAAAAGGCCUUAAUCUUUAGCUAAAUUUUCCAUAAUUUUACUUGUUAAUUUUACUGGUUAUUUAUAGUCCUAAGUUUUUUUUUUUAAUUUUCAGGAUUUCAAUUAUCAUAGAGGAAGGGUAACGUUUAUAUAAUAUAUAUAGAUAUAAUUUAUAUAAAAAGCAAACAAGUUUCUAGUGAA